CGGACUCUCAACCAUUUUAUAUUAUUGUUAAAUUUUCCGGUAUACCAUUGUUAUAUCUCGUUUCCGAAUCGACCAUCGUACCACCGUCACUGCGAGUCGAACCCAAGACAACUGACUACACUAGUGUUAAUAUUUUUUUUUUUCUGGUUGACUCUUUUUUUCUCUCCCUAUAACCGACACUUUUUUUGGAGCCUGAUAACAUCAGCCAGUCUCCUAUACCUAUUCACAUGAGCACAGAUCCCGCGGUGAAGACCGAAGAGGACCAAUUGUUUGACAUCUUGAACCUACUGCCCCCAGAAAGUUUUGGUAGACAGAACCAAACAUUAGGGUUUGAGUCUCCUCCUGAGUUUGGAUUCGAGGAGUAUGAAAUAGCCCAGAGUCAACAACGCCAGCAGCACCAACAGCAGCCGCAAUUACCUCUUCAUCAGUCUUUCCAGCAGCCGCUCCUGCAGCAACCGAUUAACCAACACCAGCACCACAAUCAUAACCAACAACAACUCAAUCUUCGCCAACAACAAACUCCUCAACAACAGUUCCAAAGUUAUCCAUAUGAACUUCCAACCUUCAAUAUAGUCAGCCAAGACUCAACCAACUCGCUUUUUGAGGACUCUCCACAAACCCAGGCCCUGUCGGUGAGCAGCAAUACCUCGCCUCUGGCAACGGGAGUAGUUGCCCCCUUGGGCUCUAUGGGUUCCAUGGGCUCCAUGGGCCCCACGGCAGCCCCGGCCCCAACGGCCCCAGCGCUUCAUACAUUCUCGAUCAAUGCCAACAACGGACAAUCUCUCAAUUCCAACAACCUUCAACAACUCAACACUCUGUUGGCACCUCCAGGAUCCCACAGUAGAACCGGAAGCUUUACCGCCACCUCGGUCUACUCAGACUUGUCUCUGAAUGCCAAUAGUCCAUACAUUGACGCUCAGUCUCAUUUCUCGAGUACUUAUGGCCAACCGCCAGGUGCGGGAUCGUCUUUUCUCGGAGGCUUUGAUUCAGAAAUCGCCUUGGGUGGGUCCAUCAGUAGCACGGAUUUGACCUCGUUAGGGUAUGAACAACAAUAUAGACCAAUGUCAUUGAACCUCCCUCUGCAGGAUUUGCCAGCUCAACCACAAGGUUCACAAUUCCAACCACAACAAGCUUCGUUACAACCACUUCAACUGCAACAACUGAUUCUUCUGGAAUCCAAUCUUUCGAGCUUUUCACCUUCCAUCUCCAUUGAUGCUGCUCCAGAAGAUGAUGACCAACUUCAUAGAACCCCAUCUCUUUUCAGCAACUCGUCCCAUAAUUCUUCACUUAACAACUCACCAUCAGGUGCCAAUCUUCAAACAAGCACCCUGUUAGCUCCAGGAGGAGGUACUUCAAAUAGCCAUCCACCCACGAGUCCAGGUUCACUUUCCGACUAUUCGGAAAGUCUUCGUCCACAAGAAUUCCUGCUGAUGAAACGAGGCAGGAAAGCUGCACAUUCUGCGAAAUCCUCAGUUUCACAUUCAAGGUCUCGAUCACGUUCUCCUGCAAAUUUUUCCGAUGCAGAUGAUUACGAGGAUUAUGAAGAAGAAGGUGAAGAAAGUGGUGCUCCAUCCACCCGAGAAAAGAUGCUUGAGUUGGCAUCGCCGAACCAAGUUUCACGCAGAACUCAAAAGCACCCCUCAGUCUUUGCUUGUCAUUUGUGUGAAAAGCGAUUUACAAGACCAUAUAAUUUGAAAUCUCAUUUGAGAACUCAUACUGAUGAAAGACCGUUCAUCUGUAACGUAUGUGGUAAGGCAUUUGCAAGACAACACGAUAGGAAACGUCAUGAGGAUUUGCACACAGGUGAGAAGAAGUUCCAAUGUAAAGGGUUAUUGAAAGAUGGUCUGCCGUAUGGAUGUGGGAGGAAGUUUGCUCGUGCGGAUGCAUUACGUCGACAUUUCCAAACGGAAACUGGGAAGGAGUGUAUUCGACUUUUAGUGGAAGAAGAUGAACGAGAUCGAGAUGAUCCGUUCAAGGGAGAAGGUGGGUUUCUUAGUCCCACCACUGCGAUGACCAGUGUCAACACACCUCCACCUCAAGUUGAGAUAUCCCCACCAGAAUAGAAAUCCAGUGAAUAGUUCAAUCACUCCACUCCUCUAGUCUUUAAAAAUAGACACCGGCUUCCUCGUAGAGGAACAAGGCCUCCACGGCUAGUGGCCCACGGAGUGCCAGCGGAGCGGCUUACACACCCCGUAGGGCAGCACUCUCGCAGAUACGCCGCUGGGCCCCCUACUCGAGAGGAACCACUGGGUAGAGCCUAGCUCACCUUCGAGGAGAGGUUAUCUCGGGGGCUUUCUCGUUAGUGGUCCAUGGCUGUACGACAUAAAAUCUCUGUCGUCUUUUGGAGCCAAGGUCCAAUCAUUUCAUCCAUAGUGGUUGGAUACCCUGCACACAUUCUUACUCUUUCCAACAGUACCCUUUGCAGAGACAGGCCUA